UCAGACAGCAAAAUAGGGCCACCCACCCUGCUGCCCUGACGAAUAUAUUUACAUUGCAGUGUGGCCUGCAUGGAACGCCUGCGGCUGCCGUCUAAUGCCAUUAAAUGUAAUCAAGGAACAAAGAAGCAAAAGUGUCACAGCCACAAUUUGCAAAAAGGAUUUCUUCCUACAGCAGCAACAAUAAAGUAAGAAUUGCAACAAAAUAACACAAUUCACGUCCACAGGCACUCAACCAACAAAUAUAAUGAUAUCAAACACAGUUGCCACAGUACAAUGAGGCGCGCCUCUAAGCACAAUUCCAGAGUGCAAAUGUCGAAUGCCAGCUGGAGUCGCCGCCGACGGUUCUUCAACUUCUUUCUACAAUUGCGUAUAUAUCCAUUAUUUCGAUUAUUGCCGGUGUUGUGGCUGCUAUUAUGCUAUUGUUGCUGUUGCUGUUGUGCCGAAAACAGGCGGAAUGCCGCGGAGCAUAGUGUUAAGUUGAGCAACUGCUACGACAUUCGAUAUGGCUUUGAUGGGGUGCUAACGGGCAGUGUGCCAAAGCUCCUAUAUCCUGCAGCCAAUAGCUCUAAUAGAGGCAACAGUAGUACCAUUACCAAUGCAAACAUGAGCACCACGGUGAGUGAUCUGUGGACGCAACACCAACUGCAGUUACAAAACGGUUCAGAUGUAGAUGCACUGGGCUUCCGACCAGGACCGGCGAUACACACAGGUUGGCAAUGUUGCUGCUGGAAUGCGACAAAUCAUGAUGAAAUUGAGUGCCAUUGUGAGGGAGAGGCGUUAAUGCGCGUACCACAAACUCUUGCAGUGCCGAUGCAAAGGCUUAGCAUCUCGUCGGCAGGGCUGCCGCGAGUACGCACGACCGGCCUGAAGAAGUAUGCAAGUUCGUUGCAGGAUUUUGUUCUAACAGACUUGCAGCACAUGGAGUGCAUUGAGGAUGGCGCUUUCGACGGCCUCAAAUUGUUACGGACCAUCUACAUUUCGAAUGCGCCGAAGUUGAGGUUCCUGUCACGUGAUGUUUUCGCUGGCAUUUCAGAAACUAUCAAAACAAUACGAAUUAUUAAUAGUGGACUAAUAAGAGUCCCGGAUUUGCGGCACAUUCAAUCUGAAAACAUUUUACAAAUGAUUGAUCUAGACAACAAUCAAAUAACUCGAAUAGAUAAGAAUUCCAUCAACGUAAAGACUGAUCAAUUGUAA